CCCUGGGAUAUUGUAGUAAACGAAGGUAAAAUUUUAUAAUGGCUUCCUGCUGAAGGUGGUGGGUGGUCAAAAAUGGUAUUGUAUUGAACUUAGACAUUUUAAACACUUUCCGUCAGUACCGCAAGCUUUUCUAAUGUAAUUUCCUUAGCGGUUUUGUCGUAAAAUGAUUAGUUUUUGAAUAUACGUUGAAGUCACUAUGUUUUGUGCGGACAAAAACAUUAGUAUUCUUGCUCGGUGGUGGAUAAUCCACAGCUGAAAUUAUCUGUGGCGAACAACGAGGAUAUUCUGCUUGAAGGUAGCCUACACCAUGUCCAGAAAGGGAGACACGAUCCGAACUAUUAACGUCGCUGUAGUGGGGCUCUCCGGCGUCGAGAAAGACAAAGGCCACGCUGGCGUGGGCAAAUCAUGUCUCUGCAACCGCUUCAUUCGGCCACAUGCGGAAGACUACAACAUUGAUCACAUUUCGGUGCUCAGUCAAACCGAUUUCAGCGGUCGGGUGGUGAAUAAUGAUCACUUUCUUUAUUGGGGGGAGGUGAUUAAGACGUCAGAUGAAGGUACCGAUUAUCAAUUUAGCGUCAUCGAGCAGACCGAGUUCAUCGACGACGCGUCCUUCCAGCCGUUCAAGGGAGGCAAAAUGGAGCCUUACGUCAAGCGCUGCGCAUCGACUAAAAUAACGUCCGCGGAGAAAUUGAUGUAUAUUUGCAAAAAUCAAUUGGGUAUCGAGAAGGAGUAUGAACAGAAGGUACUGCCCGAUGGUAAAUUAAAUAUAGACGGGUUUAUUUGCGUAUUUGACGUAAGCGUCGUGCCUAGUCGGAACAUAGAAAAACAGGUGGAAUUCGUGGCGGCCAUAUUGAACAACAUACAGAAAACCAAAAAACCGGUCGUUGUAGUUACCGCGAAAAACGACGAGUCCAAUGACAUAUACGUCCGCGAGGCUCACAAGUUAGUUCAAAGGAGCGAGUAUAAAAAUUGCAUACCAUUGGUGGAGAGUUCCGCCCAUGAAAACGUUAAUAUCGACAUCGGAUUUCUCUUAUUAGCUCAAAUAAUUGACAAGACAAAGGUGAGAUUAAAGUUCUUAACUUACAGCGAGGCCGCGCUGGCGAGAAAAGAAAUUAUGGACUCAGCUAGUGAGGCUUUCAUGAGGCUCAUACGGGUACAUGUCACAGAUUGUCACGCCCUGUGGUCUCACACAGUGAAAAAGCUCAAUAGUCACAAAGAGUGGAUUCAUUUUGUGCAACUGUUUGGCCUUGAUGGCACUCAGAGACUUUUUAAGAGGCACAUUAAGAAACUGAAGGAUGAGCAGUUGGCUAAACAAGUGGCUCGAUACAUGGAAAUGUUACCUGACGUUCUCCACGACCUCAUUCCGGGCUUUAAUACGUUGGCCGACUCGGAUUGGACGUCAAUUCAGCAGUACAUUAAAAAUCACCCCAAUUUUUCCCAGUAUUUUUUCGAACGGCCAGAGGAUAUACCCUGGUCAGAGUGCGUCGGGUCAGACAGUGAUGAAGCGCGCAUUCCCUUUGAUGUUUUAGACACCAGCGAAGCCGAAACUGUCUUUAAAAAUCACAUAAACGUACUGCAGCAAGAACAAAAGCGGCUGGAAUACAAAAAACAGUUUAAACAAUUGCUGGAGGAUACCGGCUACGUAACACCUGGUAAGCAUUUGUCUGAAGUCCGUGUGCUGUUCAUGGGCCGUGAAUGUUUUGAGGCUCUUUCCGAACACGACUGCCAACAGAUUUACGAAACGCACCAGAGGGAGUUAAUAGAGAACGCGAAACACAAUUUUCAAGAACUCCUUUUGGAACACGCGGAUUUGUUUUACCAUUUUAAGAGCAUAGCGCCCACUGGAACCAUUACCCAAGAUGACAUCAAGGAAAUAACGGAUGUGCUGCAAGAGGACUUCCGGUACAAGAUUCUCGAUAGAUUAGAUCAGGACCGGAAGCUCACCCUAUUUCAGCAUUUGGGUUUUAUCCACUAUCCAAUACGGGAGCAUUGUCCUGCAUUCCCAAACUGUAUGGAUUCACUCAUUGAACGAAUUUUGGCCACCAAAGCCCACAGGCCGUCGUCUUGGAAUCACAGCAACCAGUGGCUUAUGAGCUCUGACAACAAUCAGCUUAAUCUUAUCAUCUUAGGGUUGAAUAAUUUAGCCGAUAAUCUGGCCGCAAAGAUCAGGGCACAGUGCGAUGACGACGAGUACGAAAUAAACUGUCAAUUUUAUAACUUAGAUUAUAGAAUCAUCAGCGGGGACGUCAGUUUGCCGCACAACUCAUUUAGGACGUCGGAUUUUGUACCCCACGGCAGCUUUUGCGUUUAUUCUAAUGCCGAAUCGUUUGAGUAUAUUCGGGAAAGCUUAGAAAAGAAACUACUCUCUAACUUAGAACAAGAGGACAAGUUACCGUUCCAGGGUUUACCCAUAGUGCUUAUGUUUCUUCAAGAUCCGGCAAUAGAGGAAAAAGAAAUUUUAAGAUUGAAAGAAGACGGCCAGAAUUUGGCCGAUAGUCUUCAGUGUCCGUUUAUGGACGUAUCCUUGGAACAAAUCACUGAGGAGCAGUUAGUUUCUGAUGCUUUGCAUCAGCUGGUACAGAGUAUUCAUCAUCGAGCGGGAUUCCUGAACAUUAAUCAAUCGGUAAUUGAAUGUGUUGAACCAGAUAUUAGAGUGAUAAUGUGCAUGUUUUGCGGUGACCCGUAUUCUGUGGAAAAUGUUCUCUCCCCACUGUUAAAUCAUCAAUUUUGUUUUCUAUCUUCACCGCACAGCGUCAUUUUGGAAACUUUCCUAGGCGAUUCUAAAAGAAAAGUUGAGGUUAUAAUAUCUUCAUUUCACGGUGCUAACGCAUUCCGCGACGAAUUGGUACACGGAUUUAUUCUGGUUUACUCUACGAAACGAAAAGCAUCACUAGCCACUCUCAAUGCCUUUUCAAUGAAUAUUCCGAAUCUUCCCAUACAAAUUUUGGCGGUAACUGAUUCCGGAAGUGCUACCGCUUUCUUUAACGACGAUCUAAGCCAAAUGCUUAUAACCGAAGGUAAUUCCACCGCCGACAGGUUGGGCGCCCAUUUCAUGACGUCAUCGGCUACCAUGCAACCCAAAACUGCGUUUUUCACACCAUUCUUUAAAGAAGUAUGGGAGAAAAAGCCAGAAAUAGAACAGGCUUUCCAUAUGGAAGAACCUUCAGGAUUAGAUAGUGGCGAGGGAACGUUAGAGCGGUCGGCCAGGUCCACCAGGCAUGGUCAUCCUCUUCCGCCACCAAGAAAUGAAAGCUACUACCUAAAACUUAACGACGGCAGCGAAAGUGAGAAUUUUGAGCUCAGCGGGCCUGACGACAAGCUUAGUUCAAGCGACCACAGUGACCGAUUUUCAAAUAUCUACAUGUACGGCAGCGAAGGAUCUAUGAGUUCCAAAAAGAGAUACACCCAUUCGGGUUUCCAGGUCUAUCCUCCGCCUGCUACCCCACCUGAACCCGCACCUCCGGAUAACAUAAACACUCGAAACUCGAAAAAGUCACUGCUCUCUUCGCAAACAAGUUUAGAUGAUGUUAAUUACGGUGAUCCCCCCAUGUCGAUACCGGGUAGUGCAUGGAACAACUACCAGCACGCCUUUACCACCGGCAGGCGGCAUGUUGCGCCCAAAUCGCGUUCUAAAGGGUUGUCGCAGACUCUAAAACAACCGGGAAAGUUGAACAUGAAGAAUUAUUCGGCUGUUACGGAAGCUAUAGCGCGGAUGAAUAUGAACGAAGUUAACUUUGGAAAUGCUCCUCUGGCUACUCCUGAGCCGGUAGAUUUGGGUUGUGAGUAUGCACAGGUUAAAGAUAUGGUGCACAAUAUCUAUCCUCCCGACUCCGAAUAUUUAUAUACCAUGGUUCAAGAUGCCAUUAGUGUGAAAUCCAAGCUAAGACAAAGACGAGAGAAGGGCCAGCCUUCGUACUCGGAUUCAGACAGCGAAUGGAGUAGUUUGGAAAGGAGGCAAAGAGCUAGCGAAGUUUAUUCAAAGGUUAAUAGAAAGGGAGGCACUCACAAAAGGCAGAGGAAAAAGAGGACCGCGAUACCGGUUCAACCUCCUAGAGUUCCCCAGCUAGGAACUUUUACUCAUUCAUCAGUCCAUUCGCCUUCAGUAGAAGAAGACGACAAAAUCAACGUAGCCACUGAAUCCAAUUCUGACUCUUCUGAGGUUAGUGAGCCUGAGCAAUUUACAGCGGCAAAUAUAUCGGACAUCCGAAUGAAAUUUUCGCAAAAACGGUCCCAAAGUCUUAAAAAACGCAUUCCAGACCUACCAAAUACGCAUAACUACAACAUUAAUUCGCUGGAUUUGUAUACUGGCCACUCUAAUUCUUAUAGCCUGAUGCACGACGAUGAAUCUAGUUUGGAUGUUUCCUCCCCCAGAGAUAAUAACUCUCCCAUGUUCGGCGUCUUUCCUAAAAUGAAAGAGACUGACCUAGAUAAGCUCCUGAGGAAGCGAGAGAAACAGAAAGCUAAGGAUGAUUCCAAAAUGGAGAAACGUAGAUUAAAAGAGGAAAAACUGAGGAAGGUUGCGGAAGAAAGGGAUCGAAAGAAGCUACAGAAAUCCAAGCAGAAAUGUAUGCCACCUGGCGGGGUAGCCGCAAAGUUGGCCGAUUAUAUCCAAUCGGACAAGAACUAUAUUCCGAUCUUUAUGGAGAAAUGCGUCAAGUUCAUCGAAGCUGAGGGUCUGGACUUAGAGGGUAUCUAUAGGGUCCCCGGCAAUAGAGCUCACGUGGAUCUGCUAUUCCAGAAGUUCGAAGAGGAUUGCAAUGUAGACAUACACGAACUGGACAUACCAGUGAACGCCGUAGCUACUGCCCUAAAAGAUUUCGUGUCCAAAAGGUUACCGCCGUUGUUUGAUUCCGAAGUAAUGAACGAAAUGGAAGAAAUAGCGGGCACUAGGAUGAAACCCAUGGUAACAACAACAGGCAACAUUGAGGUCAAAACAGACCGCAGCUGCCGGCUGCUGGCUCUACGAGGUAUGUUAGACAAGUUGCCGCCCAUUAAUUUUCAAAUUUUAAAGUUUAUGUUCCAACACUUCGUUAAAGUAACUGAGAACUCGAAGUUGAACAGUAUGGAUAGUAAAAAUCUGGCAAUUUGCUGGUGGCCCACGCUAUUGCCUAUAGAGUUUAGUGACAUGGGUAGAUUUGAACAAAUGCGACCCUAUCUUGAAGAUAUCGUGCAGACGAUGAUAGAUCAGUACCCUUUCUUGUUUUGCGGUAAAGAGGCUUUUGUCAUGGUGUAAUUUGCUUUGGCGGGACGAAUCUGGGAUUAUUAUUAGCACACUUGGAUCUUAUGGGACGUUCAAUUUCGUAGAAUUAAAAGUCUGUUUGAAUGAGAUUGGAGUAAGUUAUCGCGACCUAGGUUUUAUUCAUUUCUUUUCGCCCACACCUUAGGUAAUGAAAAAUAUGUGUUGACAACCUACAGGAUUCGAUUUCCACGUUAGCCGGAAAUUAAAUGGUUUGUUUGUAAUCAAUAUACGUCCUAUUUCCUCUAUUUUUGCGAGAUACUUUGGAAUCUGUGCGUAAUAGGGGGAUCGCUAAUUUUCAGGGCCCAGUGAACUGAGACAUAUUAUCUUUCUCAUUUCAAAAUAUCCGUCCAUAGGGACAAAAAUGACAAAUGUGGGUGCACAAUUCUAACACUCCUGCUUGGGGCCGUUCGGUUCACCAAUUUGCGAAAAGGCUUAUAAAAGGUGUUUCGGUUAAAUUCAAGCAGCGGCACAGACGCUUGCUGCUUAACAGCAUAUUCUCGUCUCUCUCUUUCGAGUCGGCGUAUCUCUGUUACACUCUCUCUUGUAUCUAUGGACAGCUAGUAAGUAAACAGAUCAGAUAGUCCUAUGGCAUAUAUCAUGUAUGGUAAGGACAAGAAACUAUUUUCAAUAAAGGUAAAAUAAAGUAUGCUGUAAUUCAAAAACUAUCAAGUUCUGAUAUAUUUGUUGUCCGAAGAUGACAAAGGCGUCAAAUUUUUAAUUAGCGAUUUCCCCCCAGAAGUAUAGGUUUCAUCGUGAACAUUGACGCAGAAUAUUACUAAGCUUUAAUAAAUAAAAGAAAAUAAGAAGUGAUUGUAUUUUUACAUGUUAAUCCGUAUGAGAUAAUUGAGGAGUCGAGAGGGUAGUUUUUUUACGAUUGAACUGUGCGUAUGAAUUUGUGUUGAUUUUAAGUGGGUUCUGUAUUCAUGUAGUAUAGUGAAUGUAUCCUGUUUCAAUAUCAUCGAGGGAUGUAGCGCACGCGCGCUGCACCGCGUCCAUUUUCGUAAUCUUGAAUGUGAAAUUUGUAAUUUUAAAACUGUUUUACAAAAUUGUAUUACAUAUUAUGCUGUUCUACACACACAAUAUAACAAAGGAAACCCGAAGCUUUAACGUUUUCGAAUCCCCAAUGUAACUGUAUGAUGCGAUGGUUGACGAAAGGAUACUACGAGACAAUAAUAUCAUUUGGCAAUUGGAAUAGUAAUUGGCGCAUUUCCUUACGGUACUACAAGACUUUGACGUUAGGGCCUAAAAUAAGAAUCUUGCACGGUGCUUCGGGGUAAUUUAUUUAGAUGUGAUAUUUCUGGUGAAAGUAGGCACGUUUUUAUUUUCUACUUCACUUUCGAUGUCAACAUCAAACAGUUACAUUUUUGUUACGUUCUCCACGGUAAAUGUAUAAAAUGUACUUUUGUAGCAAUUGUCCAGCACAAUAUUUUGCAAGACUGAGUCGCAUUGUCACGACUUGGAGUGCCAAGUAGUCUAGUGCGAGGGUAAAGCAAUGCCUCACCUGGUGGGGUUUGUAGUAAUUGUCAAUUUGAAUAACUUUCUUGAAUUUGUUCCGUGUACCACAUUCCACUGAUAAUUGUUUCCUCUUUUCCGCCUUUAUUGUUAAUUUGGGGUCAAAAUCUGUUUACACAUUAACGUUUUCGACACUUCACUUAUCUUGUCUUCUAAGCUCAUGUUUCCAUGUGGAACGAAUUCAGUAACAUUAGCUGUGCUAGAGCCUUUUAAAAACAAAUUCAAUGUUUCACAAGUAUGUACUGCCCAAGAGAAUAUUAACACGUCGCUGUACUACCCUCACCUAGAAAACUAAGAACUAAACUCACCUCAUUAAAAUUAUAAAAAUAAGAGACUAAAUAUUAAUAUGGUGUCUGUGGGCGGAGUUUGAUCUGCCGUUGCCGAACGAUGAGGUGUGGCGAGGUUUAGGUUACUAGCGAGGUUCAAAAAAAGCAAGAGAUGUGAAGUGUGGGCGUCGUGAAUACAAAUGAAUUCGGAUUCAUAUGAAAACGUAUCAAAUGCGAUCGUUUCACACAAAAAUUCAUACUUACUCUUUUACUGAUUGGAAAGAUUUGGCUUUAGCAAUGAACAGUUUUUUUCCCCAAUAAUUAAUACCGCUAUAUCGAUCUGAAAUCCAGUUUGUAUAUUAGUGAUAUUUAAUUUAAUAGUAUUAUAAUUUUGGGUAUUCAUAAAUGAGCAGAAACUAAAAGAUUUUGUGAUAUUUUAAAUCUUGUAUAGGUUAAGGUAAUAAUCCAAAAAUUAUAAAAGGGUUCUCGAAGGAUUAUUUUCUUUUGUUCACAAUGUUUAUUAGGAAUUGAUAUUCGCUAUUGCUCGUGCCGAUGUAAUAAGUUUUAAUUUUUCGCUUUUGAGCUUUGUAUUUGUAAUUUUGGUGAAACAGUGGCAAUAGGGAGGAAUGUUUCGAAAAACUGUUUUUCCAGGAGCAGCAUUUUUUUAUUGAUAAAUUUGGACCGUGUUUUGUAGAAUAGCGCUGCUUUUAGAAACACAAGACGCCCGUCCCUAUUGUUCAAACGUUGCCCUAAAGUUGUAUUAAGGUGAUUGGUGUCCAGGGCCAGAUGGAUUUAUGCAAUUUAUGUGCAAUUUUAUUCUAUGUCAUUUUAAAUGCGCAACAGUACACAAUUAUUUAUUUUUACCGACAAAAGGCGAUAUUUAAUACAGCUUUAGGUAUUAGGUAUUGAAUUUAGGCUCUAAAAAAUUCAAUGUACCAUAUGUGGAUAUAUCGUAGAUCUCUUAAAUUUUAAGACAAUUUACAAUUUUAACGUUAGUAUGUAUAUAUGUAAACAAAUGAAAUGUUUAUUUUACGCUUUAUAUUUAUUGAUUAUACUCGACGAUAAUAUCAGCUUAAUGUAAUUUUCAAUGUUGUUGGAUUUGUAAAAUUUUUCCUUUAUAAAUUUGUAUUUUUGUUU